AUGCUCUGUGAACACAAGACCAACAUGAAAAUACCAAUCAUUUUGGAUUACGAUCUUGGGACCAAUUCAUGGGACUGGAAUAAGCCAUUAAUUUUACCACUGUUUUCCUCGGCAAAUAAUGUAGAUAAUUUCUAUGGGAGAUCAGUGUAUGUAAUUGUUGAAAGUUCCAACAUCACUUUGAAAGACGUAUCCCAUCAGGAGGCAUUACAAGUCUGGGUUGGAAAUUCACCCAUUUCUACAGCAUUCUUUGUGCCGAAUCGUACUAUUCAGACGUCAAAGGAAGGUAAUACGUGGAAAGAUGAGAAAUCCAAUCUAAGAGCAUUUGUCCUGAACAUUACUCAAAAUAACAUCACUUCUAUUGGGUGGUAUACCUCGACUAGAAGAAUGACAGUUAAUAUUGACUGGACGCAAGUUGCUGCCAUUUUUAAGCCUAUUAUGCAAAUUUUCCUUCCAUUUCCAGCACCACGUAACUGGUUAAACGCAUAUUGUGUAAUUUGUUUAAUAAAUAAUCAAGUUACAAACCACACUACCCAUUUGCAAUCCCGUGUGGUUGGUAAUGAUCGGGAAGAUUUAAUCAAAAGCAUUCCAAUUUUGCUCUCCCGACUCAUUACUGUCAUCAUUUCCUUCCGUAUCCCAAAUGACGAAGUAAAGGAAUACGAUUGGGGAUUAGAAUUUGUGGUGUUAUUUGUUGAUUUGUCUGUUAACUCUUCCAUGUCUAGUUGA